AUGUUAAACACUCUUCUUGAUCAGUUUGAAAAGACAAAGGAGAAAACAGAUAACGCCAUCAAGGAACUACAACAACUCUUGACUGAAUAUCGUCAGCACAUUGAAUACGUGGUCUAUUUGAAGCAAUUUUGGGAACUGAAAAAUCAAGGUCUCUUGCAGAGAGAACAAGUUUUAGAAGAAAAGGAAGCCAUCUACGAGAGAAAACUUCAACAACAAGCCCUUCCUCAAGGACAAGCUCUCAAGCAAGAAGUGUCCGCACCAAAGUUCCAUUCAACCAUCGUUUCGACCAAUGCAACGUUAUCGUGUGAUAACAAAAAAGUGACAAAAACUUCAGGAGGCAAUGGAUGGAAUUGUGCUGUUUUGGGAGAGACUCCUUGCAAACAGUAUAGCGUGAAAUUAUUGAACAUGUGCCCCAAUGUCAUGAUUGGAUUAGCAGAUCGAAAUAUUUCUGUCAAUGGAACCAAUUACAAGGUCAAUGGAUUUUACUUGUUCACGCUUUCAGGAAAUUUGUAUUCUCAGGCAGGUGAUUCGAAUAAGGUUUACCAUGCACAAAGAAUUAAUGAUGGCUCUGUUGUUACUGUGAAACAUCAGAAUGGUGUUAUAUCUUUUACUGUCAAUGGAAAGGAAUGUGGCAAAGCAUUUACUGCUCCAGAUUAUUUGGAUUUGUAUCCUGCCUUUGAUAUUUAUACUCAAGGAUGUGAAUUUGAAUUUCUCUCCAACAAUUGUUGA